AUGCUGGCUUCACUUGCCAGCGCGGCACCUCUUGCAUCUUUCUCUACAAACGUCCUCGCAUCAAAUUCUUCAGGCUUUUCGCAAGAACAGAACGGUCUCGACGCGCAAAAAUUAAAUGCGCAGUUUGCAACUUUGUCUGCCAAUGAUUCUUGCACCAGCGAUGCUCAGGCAUGCGUGGGCGGUGCCUUCGCACAGUGCGUUGGGAGCUCUUGGGAGCUCACGCCUUGCUCGUCUGGUCUGUCUUGCUUUGCACUUCCUCUCGUUGCCAAGGCUGGCACCAGUCUCGCUUGUGACACACAAAGUGACGCUGAGGCACGCUUUAUCGCUGCUGGUGUUCAAGGAGGUACAACCGGA